GGCCGCGUUGCGACGACGGCAUAUCGAUCGAUGGCGUGAUCAUCCAACAUACCAUCUGGCCAGAUGGACGACAGCGACAAGCAGAAUGCACUUGCGGGGAAGCCAUUUUGCUGCUGCCAGGGCAUCCGCCGUCGUCACAUGGACUAUUGGAUUGGGUCGAUCGAUGCCAAUCAACUGCGUCUGCCAUCCAUCGGCCGUCUUGGGGCAGUGCCAGGCAGCUGAGCCGGGCGGUGAGGCAGCCGGAGUGCACAAGUAUAUGCGGGCGAGAGGACGGCCGCUGUGGGACUCUCCCGCUCUCGAAGACAGCACCACCCGCAACGGAGCAAAGCCCGCAAUGCUGCACGACCUGCCUCCGGAAAUCGUCAUCCAGCUGCUGGCCCGGUUCACACGGCUGCGGGAUCUGUACAUGUUCUUGACGGUCUCCAAGCGCAUCCGCUCGCUCUACCACAGCGAAGUCCUCCGCAACAUCCGCCGGAUACUCUCGUCCCUCCCGCCUUCGACCCGAAGCCAGCUCUUGGUCUGGGGCGCCGAGAAGGGCAACCUCGGCUUCCUGCGGCACCUGCUUUCUUGUGACAUCCUUGUCGAUUCCCCUGUCAACUCCUUGGCCGACUCCUCACAGCUCAAGCAUCCAACCCUUCGAGGCGACAGCAAGCUCGGGGAGGAGCUCUCUGAGCAGAACCUGCCUGUCCCCACAGUCAAUGUCCACGAAAACGACGAUCAGGCACUCCGGAUUGCUGCCGAGAAUGGCCAUGUCGAUGUCGUCAGGUUCCUGCUCAAGAGCGGGGCGAACGUGAGAGCCUGUUUUGACCAUGCGCUUCGAUGGUCAGCAACCUUUGGCCACACCGAGGUGGUCAAGACCCUGCUGGACCACGGCGCCAACAUCCAUGCCUGCCAGGACUAUGCCCUGCGCUGGGCCUCGAGGUUUGGCCACUAUGAUACAGUCAUGGUCCUGCUCUCCAGGGGGGCUGAUCCCCGGGCCAAAGACUCUGAGGCCCUCCUCAACUCCAAAGAAGCUGGGCACUCCUCCAUCGCAAAGCUGCUGAUGCUCUAUGACCGGAGAGACGAGGCCGACGACAAUCGACCCGCCAUCGACGCCGAAUGACCUUGUAUAUUGCUUCAACAUGACGACUGUACCUGUGGAGACGGCGCAUGGUCGCAGCUCGUUGUCGAGAGGACCAGAGAUGGCAUCGAAUUGGCGAUAAGAGUGGUGCUCGGAUUGUGUGCGAAUGGUGAUCGUGCAGCUGUCGAUCGA